AUGACACAUGAUGAAAUUGUGAUCAAAUACAAUAAAUUCAUUUUAAGCAAUGAUGUUACCGUGAGAUCUAUAUUCAAGACAAAAGAAAAUAUCAAAUUUAUCGUUACAUUAGAUAAGAAGUGCUUCUCCAGUUAUAAAAAUUUGCGAGAGGUUCUCCAAAAACAUGGAAUUGACAAUGACGAAGUGCGUAGUAUACUAGUGUUUUUUCCUAAUUGUGAAAAUAAAGAAAAUUAUAAGGAAGUAUUUGAGGAUUGUGUAAAGGAAAUAAAGGCUAGAUUGUCAGCGAUUGGCAAUGUGGGUGAUCAGAAUAAAGCACAGCGAAGCCACUUUAUUAUGUUGAUAUUAGUCUCAGCAGUAAAUUUAGUUCCAAACACCAUCCUUCGUUCACAGUUUGAGAUUAUUGGAGAUGUAUCUGCUGGCAGGGUAGAUUAUACUAUAAAGAAAAUUUAUCCGCAAUUAGUAG